AUGACCUUCGGUAGAUCAUUUUUCGAACACGAACAUUCUCUAACCGACAUAAACAGAGGUUGGAACUCGAUCUCUCGCGCCUUGGAACCCCCUCUAGUUACCGGAGUAGUGGUCAAGGUUGACAGCACUUCCGAUGAUGCGCGCGAGGUUGUCGCCUACCUGGGCCUCGGAAAACAUGUCUCAUUUGGACAUCUCUUCGCAACUCUGGCCCCGCUGCGACUCGCCCAGGCCAUUCUACCGCUCCUAGCCAAUGCGCCGGCGCGCCUACGCUUCGUGCUUCUAGGGAGUAUGCAGGGUUCUACAGGGGGUAUGAGAAAGUACCCGCUUCCUCUGGCAAUCUACGGCGCAAGCAAGGCAGCGGCGCAUUUCUUGGUGCGCAAGUUGCAUUUCGAGCAUGCCGAGGAAGGAAUAUGCAUAUUUGCAUCGGUCUAG